AUGAGCACCCAGGACCCAUCUCUGCGCGUCAGAAUAAACCAGAUUGACUACACACUUGCACUGCCUGGAAGUCUCGACAACUCUACCUUGCCUCGAGUACCCAUCAUUAGGAUCUACGGCGAGUCUUCGAAAGGCAGGAAGGCUUGUGUCCAUGUACACCAAGUGUACCCUUACUUCUUCGUCGAAUACCAGGGGAAGAUGAAUCCAGACAGUGUGAACCGUUAUAUUGCCAGAUUAACUCCCUCUCUGAACCAUGCGAUUGCUAUAUCCAUGAAGCGUGAUCCUCAAUCUCCCAAGUCGCAAUUCAUUCGUGCUAUCUUGCUUGUGAAAGGCGUGCAUUUCUAUGGCUUCCACGCAUCAUACUCUCCCUUCCUCAAGGUCCACAUUGCCGACCCUGCGUUCGUAACCCGUGCCGUCACUAUUAUGCAGUCCGGCACUGUCAUGAAGACACGUUUCCGCGUGUAUGAGAGCCAUCUCAGUUAUCUCCUUCAAUUCCUGUGUGACUUCGGUCUGUACGGUUGCGGGUGGAUCGACCUUGGCGAAGUCUGGGAGCGUGGCCGCCAAGAGAUACACGACGAACAAGACAAUGAAACGGAAUGUCAAGAAGCAAUCAACUCGUUUGGGGUGUCACCGUACUUCCGUCAGUCUCGUAUGUCCCUUGAGGUGGAUGUCGCUGCCCACCAGAUCCUGAACCGUCACCUGCUUACCGCACGGAAUUUUCACCACAAGCUCACGAUUCCUGCACCACCGUCACCCGAAGAACCCCUCGUCCUUAGCGUGCGUGAGCUAUGGGAAGACGAGCGUCGACGGCGAGUCGUCCAAGGUCUGUCACCUUCUCCUGAAAUACCGAAGGAUCCUAGCGCAGAUUCUCGGGGACACGGAGGCGAAUGGGUAGCCGAAGCUAGGUGGUGGGAGGAGAUCGCGAAACGAAUUGAGAGUGAACGGGGAACGGAGAAGGUGCUGAGCAGCAUGGGUUGGGAGAGAUGGAUCAUGACAACUUUUGAGAGUGUGGAGGCACUCUGGGAGCGUCAGUGGAGAGCAUGGAGACCUGGGCGAAGCGAGGAAGUCGCUGCUGUAUGUGUGUCCGAUCUCAGCAAGAAUGAGGAAGAGGAAAACCCAUACGAUUCGUCUCGAGCGGAAGGUUCUUCGCAAGGCGCAGCGGAUCAAGCCGACGUGGAUGUGGAUGAGACGUUUUUGUCAAGCCAAGCCAUGAGUCAAUUGGUGGAGAAUGAGGAGGCUGAAUGGGCGAAGAUUGUUGGCGGAAAUCAGGAGAACGAAGAUGAUAUUAAGGAUGAAGACGAUGUUCUUGAGGAUGGCCCACCUCCUGACGUUCAAUCCGUUCAACAGUUUGAUGAAUCUGUAGCGCAGAGCUUAUCUCCAGCAACGGAAAGACCUGACACCGCUACCACGAUCUCACCAUCGAAACGGUCCAAUCCAUUUCAGGCUGCCGGUGAUGUGUGGAGGACACCAAAGAGGAUGCGAAUGACCACCACAAUGUGCCCAUCAACUCCGGAGACGGGGGCACCAAAACCGUCACAUGCCGACGAUCUGUUCUCUCCGCAAGUGAUUGAUGCCGCCACUAGGUCGCAACAGCCAUGCCACAACUCGCGGGACCCCCAUACCCUUGGGCGACAUCCACUGCAUGGUAAUCGCUCUCAGGAUGUUUCAACUGCUUUCAUAUGCAUAGCCGAGGCUUUCUCUCGUCAUGACACGAAUGACGAAUUAGCGGAAAAGGCGAGACAGCCUUCUCAACCACCGAACACAACGAGCGAAGACGAAACAAGACCAUCAAAGAAAGUGCACCCGAGUUCUGUGAUCGUCGAAAGUUCCUAUAGCUCGGAGCCGUCCGGCUCAAUGCAAUCGUCAUAUGAGAAGCCUGUAUCACAAGCACCAGACUUCGCCGUAUUGACGUUGUCCGACUCUUGUAGCACGAACGGCAACAAUUACGUGUACUCAAAGUCUCCCCCUACUACCCUGCAGCUGUUGGGCAGCCUUGAUGACCACAACUUGCAGAGUAAGGUAUACCGGGACCCUUACUACUCUUUGGUGAGCGAUACUCCUGAACGACCGAGGGAAUACGCUGGCUUGGUUUUCAAUCUCAAGGGGGGAGAUGGACUCACCAUUCUUGAAGAUUGGGUACCAGAUCUUGAUUCGCCUGCUUCGGAGGAUGCAGUAGCUUCUCGCCAGACGACGAAGUUGGAUCCUACUGGUGUUACAGGGUGGGAGUAUACUGGUUUUCCCCCAAGUAUAAAACAGGUUCGCCGAUGGUUGCACGGUCAGGAGAAUACUCAGGCAGUGGAUACCCGAGUGAAGCAGCCCUCGCAGAUUGAAGGUCCUACUCAGAUGAAUCCUUUUGGACUGAAAGUAACUCCGGUAAAACCAUCAGAUUCUGUUACGAGAGAACGGCGAAAUAUGACGGUGCUUUCCUUGGAAGUUUUUGCGCCUUCUCAGGGACAUCAUCUUCCCGAUCCAGGAGUUGACGAAGUUGUUGCUGUCUUCUACUCGUACCAGGACGCUGACACCGACACCAAUGGCAAUGAGGCUUUCAGCUGCCAGAGGGGUAUCAUCGCCGUGGAGCACAACCAACUCAACCCUCGUCGACUACGGGAAUUCCCACUUGAGAUUGCGUCGAAUGAACUGGACCUGUUGAACAGGUUCGUGGACAUCGUUGGUGAAAUUGAUCCUGAUAUAGUGGUUGGAUGGGAGGUACAAGCUGCAUCGUGGGGUUAUUUGAGUGCUAGAGGUCAGAGCUAUGGCCUCGAUAUUGGAGAACAGAUCUCUCGCGCUCCCGGCAGACCCAUCGGAGGUGGCUCUAACCAAUGGGGGAUGAGAACUGCCUCGACGUUCAAAGUUAUCGGACGACAUGUGUUGAACUUGUGGCGGAUUAUUCGUGCAGAGCAAAGUUUUACCAGCUAUACUUUUGAGAACGUGGUAUUUAAUCUCCUGAGGCGCCGUACCCCGCGAUACUCGGCCAGAACCUUGACGGAGUGGUUCAAUAGCGCGAUCCCCAACCAUACGGCCUCUGUUUUGCAUUACUUUUCCGCUCGCACAUCCAUGGUUUUAGAGUUAUUGGACGCGGCGGAAGUGGUCACAAAGACUGCAGAGUUUGCCCGUGUCUUCGGGGUCGAUUUUUUCUCAGUCUUGAGCCGUGGAUCCCAAUUCAAGGUAGAAUCAUUUAUGUUCCGCAUUGCUAAGCCAGAGAGCUUUGUACUUUUAUCUCCGAGUAAACAAGACGUUGGCAAACAAAAUGCCGCAGAAUGCAUGCCACUAAUCAUGGAACCACUCUCUGCGUUCUAUAACAGCCCUCUCGUUGUAUUAGAUUUUCAGUCGCUGUAUCCAUCCAUCAUGAUCGCCUACAAUUAUUGUUAUUCUACUUGUCUCGGACGCGUUACGGACUUCAAAGGACAGUACAAGUUCGGUGUAACUGACCUGCGUCAGCCUGCAGGAUUCUUAGAUACUCUACACGACCAUAUUAACGUCUCUCCUAAUGGGAUUAUGUAUGUUAAGCCCAGUGUCCGCAGAGGUCUUCUGGCAAGAAUGUUAACGGAGAUUCUGGACACAAGAGUCAUGGUAAAACAAGCUAUGAAGAGAGUGAAAGACGAUAAGGCGCUCAGAAGGGUGCUGGACGCCCGCCAGCUAGGGCUCAAAUUCAUCGCUAACGUCACCUAUGGGUACACGAGCGCAACAUAUUCGGGGCGAAUGCCAGCAGUUGAAAUUGCUGAUAGUAUUGUCCAGAGCGGUCGCGAAACACUUGAAAAAGCCAUUCGUGUCAUCGAUUCCACGAAGAAGUGGGGUGCCAAAGUUGUAUAUGGCGACACAGACUCUGUCUUCAUUUAUCUUCGAGGAAAGACGAAAGAGCAAGCCUUCAGAAUCGGGCACGAGAUGGCGGACACAAUCACCGCCAUGAACCCUGUGCCUGUGAAGCUCAAAUUCGAAAAGAUUUACCUCCCAUGUGUCCUGAUGGCUAAGAAGCGUUAUGUCGGGUUCAAGUUCGAGAAUCCUGAUGACAAGGAGCCUGUCUUCGAUGCUAAGGGUAUCGAGACUGUUCGCCGAGACGGCAUUCCAGCGCAGCAGAAGAUGACAGAAACGUGUCUAAAGAUCUUGUUUCGAACACAAGACCUCAGCCGCGUGAAGGAGUACUGCUGUAGAUCCUGGUCGCGGAUCUUGGAAAACAAAAUUUCGAUCCAGGACUUUAUCUUCGCAAAAGAAGUCAGGAUGGGUACCUACAGUGACAAAGUUCCUCCUCCUCCGGGAGCAACUGUUGCUGCGCGCCGGAUGUUAGAAGAUCCAAACGAUGAGCCACAAUAUGGCGACCGCAUACCGUACGUAAUUAUUCGCGGUGAGCCGAAUUCAAGACUGGUAGACCGUGCAGUCGCACCGGAGGAAUUGUUCGACAACAGUCAGAAGGCCCUCGACGCUGCUUACUACAUUUCGCGUGUACUGAUUCCUCCCUUGGAGCGUAUAUUCAACCUUGUCGGGGCAGAUGUCCGGAGCUGGUACGAUGAUAUGCCGAAGACACUGCGGGCAGAUCAGCUCGAUCCAUUGUUGCUUUCGCCAAGGAAGGCCAAGCCGAAUGUAGUCGCCUCGAAUGCGAUCAAAAUCGACGGACACUUUCAGAGCUCGCAAUGUCUACUAUGCGGUGCGCCGACGCUGGAGGGUCUCUGUGAAGCUUGCAUGUCGGAUCCUCAGACAACUGUAUGCGGUCUUGAGUCACGUAUACGAGCCACAGAAGAUCGUCUAAGGAACGUGCAAAUGGUGUGCAGUUCCUGUACUGGCUCUGCGCCGGCAGAACCCAUCAAGUGCGAAUCGCUGGAUUGUCCCUGGCUUUUCGAACGAAAGAAGGCGGAGAGUAAAGCUGACUGUCUGACGGCUGUCAGGGAACUGGCUGAGGAACUAGAGCGUGAUUCAUGCGAUUGA